GGCCCGGCGCCAUUUUACAGUGUGUGCUGAGGCGGAGCGGAGCGGCGGGGUUCCUCACUCUUCUGCUGCCUUUACUCUCCUAAACCCCGCAAACCCACCCGGACCACCUUCCGCACCUCGCCGAACCUCCCCCAGAUUUCUGGCGGCAUGGCAACAGAGCAUGUAAAUGGGAACGGUACGGAGGAACCGAUGGACACGUCGGCUGCAGUUACCCACUCUGAGCACUUCCAGACUUUAAUAGAGGCUGGGUUACCACAGAAAGUUGCUGAAAAGCUAGAUGAAAUUUACAUUGCAGGCCUUGUAGCACACAGCGAUCUGGAUGAGCGGGCCAUCGAAGCCUUGAAGGAGUUCAAUGAGGAAGGUGCACUGCACGUUCUCGUCCAGUUUAAGGAGAGCGACCUAUCCCAUGUGCAAAACAAAAGUGCCUUCCUCUGUGGAGUGAUGAAGACGUAUCGGCAGAGAGAGAAGCAAGGGACCAAAGUUUCAGAUUCCAACAAAGGACCAGACGAAGUGAAAAUCAAAGCUCUGCUGGAGAGAACCAACUACACGCUCGAUGUGACGAUGGGGCAGCGCAAAUACGGCGGCCCUCCGCCAGAGUCCGUCUACACCGGCACCCAGCCCACCAUCGGCACAGAGAUUUUUGUGGGUAAGAUCCCGCGGGAUCUGUUCGAGGAUGAGCUGGUGCCCCUGUUUGAGAAGGCUGGGCCGAUCUGGGACCUGCGGCUGAUGAUGGACCCGCUGAGCGGUCUGAACCGCGGAUACGCCUUCGUCACUUUCUGCACUAAAGAGGCCGCGCAGGAGGCCGUAAAGCUGUGUAACAAUCAUGAAAUCCGGCCGGGAAAGCAGAUCGGAGUGUGUAUAUCGGUGGCCAACAACAGACUAUUCGUGGGCUCCAUUCCGAAGAGCAAGACGAAAGAACAGAUCGUAGAGGAGUUCGCUAAAGUCACAGAGGGCCUGAGUGACGUUAUCCUGUACCACCAGCCAGACGAUAAGAAGAAGAACCGAGGGUUCUGUUUCCUGGAGUAUGAGGACCAUAAGACGGCGGCACAGGCCCGGCGCAGGCUGAUGAGCGGGAAGGUGAAGGUUUGGGGGAACGUUGUUACAGUCGAGUGGGCCGACCCCAUUGAGGACCCCGACCCAGAGGUCAUGGCCAAGGUGAAGGUGUUAUUCGUGCGGAACCUGGCGAACAGCGUAACGGAGGAAAUACUCGAGAAAGCCUUCAGCCAGUUCGGGAAGCUGGAACGGGUUAAGAAGCUGAAGGACUACGCCUUUAUUCACUUCGACGAGAGGGACGGCGCCGUCAAGGCGCUGGAGGAGAUGAACGGGAAGGACUUGGAGGGUGAGAACAUCGAGAUCGUCUUUGCGAAGCCGCCUGACCAGAAGAGGAAAGAGCGCAAGGCCCAGAGGCAAGCGGCCAAAACGCAGAUGUAUGAUGAUUACUACUACUACGGCCCCCCUCACAUGCCCCCGCCCACCAGGGGGCGCGGUAGGGGCGGAGCCCGGGGCGGCUACUCCUACCCUCCCGACUACUACGGCUACGAAGACUACUACGACUACUAUGGCUACGAUUACCACAACUACCGGGGCGGCUACGACGACCCGUACUUCGGCUACGAAGACUUCCAGCCGCCGGCGCCCCGGGGAGGCCGCGGCGGAGUCAGGGGCGGACCCAGGGGGGGCGCGUCCCCCGUGCGAGGCAGAGGAGGGGCGGGGCCCCCGCGGGGCAGGGCGGGGUUCCCCCAGCGCGGAGGAGGCGGAGCCGUCCGCGGGCCGAGGGGAGGAGGAAUCGGAAGAGGAGGGCCGGCGGUGAGGGUCCGCGGGGGAAAGGGGCUGGAGAGUGGUGCUGAACAGUCCCUCUGAGCACGGAGCGCCCCUCGCUGAGCCGCUCUCCGCCGGACAGCGCCCCCCGGAGGUCAGCGGUAAGGUCCAGAACACUGCGGUCCACUCCUGUUCCUGCCUUACGGAGAGAUCAUAACUGCUCAUGACUGACGCCUGAGAUCACAGCAGAGGCUUCGUCUCCUUUUACUAUUUAAUGCUGUUUUUGUUUUUGUUUGUUUGUUUGUUUGUUUGUUUUUGUUUCCCCCCCAGUUUUUUUAUUCACGUAAUUGGUGACCUGUUUGUGCCCCGUGUGCUAAAAGUCCCCAAAGAAAACAGUCCGCCGUUCAGCGCUCAGAGUUGCUGAAGGAGCUGCUGUUGUUCGCCCCAAGCAUUCUUAUCCUUUAUGUAAAAAAAAGAAAAAUGAUUUUUUGCACUUUUUGUAUGUUUUUGUAGUUUUGAUUUUGUUUUUAUGAUGUCUUGCAGGUGUGAACCACCUGGCCUGCUCGGUCAGGCAUUCCAGGAAAAAAAAAAAAAGAUAUGGUUCAUUUAAGAACCUUUAGUUUUGCUUUUGUUGUUGUUGGUGUUUGUUAUUGUUGAAGGAGAAGUUCACCAAAAAAUCAAAUUUGCACACUUUCCCAGCUUUACGUCAUCAGCCGAGAGAGGUUCGCCGUCUUUAGUCUGAGCGCUGGAGCUACGACGCCAAUGCUGAAGUUAAUACCCCCCCCCCAUUUUAAACGGUGUCCACUCUAUUAGACACUCCUACCUCGUCGGUCCAUCUUGUAGAUGUAAAGUCAGAGACGACAGCUCAUCUGCUGCUGCACAGUUUGUGUUGGUCAUCC